AUGCCUUUCAAGUGGGAUGCUCAGUCUGAAAGUGAUCUACUUCUGUCUGCCAUUGCAGCCAUGGGAAAUCCACCCUCAACUAUCUGGGAUCAGGUGGCGGAGAAGAUUGGUACUGGUCAUGAAGUCAACGGCAACGCAUGCAGCCAAAAAUUCUACAAGCUGAAGAGAGAGUCCGAAAAGAUACUCGCUGAGGGUGCCGUGGUAGGCAGUGAUGACGUGGCGACGCCUGUGAAAACCCCGAAAACCCCUGGCAGCAAGGGAACCGGUGGGCGCAAGAGAAAGAAUGUCGGCGUUGAUCGUGACGGGGAAGUCGCUACGCCCACCAAGCGUGGAAAGGCGAAGAAGGACGCAGCUCCUGAGGUUGAGGUGAAGACUGAAGUCCAGAAUGAGGGUACCCCUGCGGUCCAAACCGAAGGCACCGACGGAGCCUAA